AUCACCAACUUCCUCUUUUUCUGUGGUUAGUUCAGAAUGAUGUUGUGACGCUACUCACCAACCUCAUUUCAGACUUCUGCUGUACAUAUAUAAGUUGACACUGAGCGGAUACAUCAAACAGACACAGUCGCAGUCGCAGAUCUCACAACUCUAAGAGCAGCCCAACACACAGUCACACAUGUACAAAGCAUUGUUGUCAUGCCAAGUCUAAUCACAUCACCACCAAGGGAGCUGCAGCACCUCAACAUGGACACUGACAACAAGAAGAGGGGAAAAGACCGGGGAGGAAACCUGAAGUCUCGGCUGCAGCGUAGAUCAUCGCAAGCCCCUAAUACUGAAGGGCUUUGUUUCGAGGAGAUGUCCCAGUGGUCACAGUCACUAGACAGACUUCUAUCAUCCAAAUAUGGCAUGAAGAUAUUCCAGGCCUUCUUAAAGUCAGAGUUCAGUGAUGAAAACAUUGAGUUUUGGCUGGUGUGUGAGGACUAUAAGAAGAUAAAGUCUUCCUUUAGGAUGUCCUCCAGGGCCAAAAAGAUCUUCAAACGCUACAUUCAAGCUGAGGCUGCGAGAGAGAUCAACAUUGAUCACAAGACCAGAGACCUGAUCAGGCGGAACAUUAAGGCGCCCACCACAGUGUGUUUCGACGAUGCCCAGAGGAUCGUGUACGGGCUAAUGGAGAGGGACUCUUACCCACGUUUCCUCAGGUCUGACAUCUAUCAGGCUCUGCUGGACUCCACAUCAGAAUCGGUGAAGAUGUAAGGAAAACAGAUACCAGAGACAUUGUGUUCAUAGGAGCUGGACUAUGAAGCUGAGGCAAAUGCUGGACUACCUGAGAGAAGCUGUGGUGUGUGUUUGCUUGUCCUGGGACCAGUAGUGGCAAUUCUUUAACACCAAAAACAUGUCAUUUUCAACACAUUAAUGCCUUCCUGUUGAAUUGGAGAAGACAUGCUUUGGGGUUGCCCAUGGCCACAUUUGACUGUGUUACGAGAAGUCAGCUCUGUAGUAAAAACGCUGAAGAGAGUUUGUUCAAAACCAACUGGUUUACUGAAAAAACAUGGGUUGAGGCCAGAAAUGGCUACAGUUGAAUCAACAGCAGCAGACUUCCCAGAGAUGCCACAAUUAUGUAGUGAAAAUGCUGGGGACUUUCUGUGAGACAUGCCAGGAAGUGUAUGUGGUGCAAACAACACCUUCCACCCAAGAUGCAAGGGCACGAGCUGGUCUCUACAUUUGCACACCAUCAGUAGUUUAUUGAUAUCUCACUAAAGCAAUAGAUAAGUAGAUGCUAUCCAAAUGUGGAUUUUUAUGCACAGCAUUUUGCAUUUAGAAGUUUUACAUUCUGACAUCAGUGCUGUCACACUGAAAUAAUUGAUAUGUUACAACUAUAAUAAUCUGUUAUAAGCUAUAUGUUGAAAAUGAUUUCCACAGUUGUGAAAAUGUUGUGAAUGUGAAUAUUAAGAUGGAUUUGUACAUAUUUAAUAAAAAAGAUAUCACAUUUGCAAUGCAA